AUGAACUUUGCGGACGUGGUCAUUGCCUUCUCCCAGGAGGAGUGGGGGCUCCUUGAUGAGGCUCAGAGACUUCUGCACCGCCAUGUGAUGCUGGAGAUCUUUGCCCUUGUAGCCUCUGUGGACAGGAACAACCUGAUGGGCAGGCCCUUCAUGAUGAAUGUGAAGAAGAUUCUGGCCACACUGAGGAACUUGUUCAACAUCAGAGUGAGAGUUCACCCUGGAGAAAAGUUGCUUGUUUGUAGUGAUUGUGGGAAGUCCUUCAGACAUAGUUCUAGCCUUAGUCAACACCAGAGAAUUCACAGUGGAGAAAAGCAACAUGAGUGCACUGUCUGUGGGAAAUGCUUUCACUACAAAUUUACCCUUGUUCAACAUCAGAGAAUUCACUCUGGUGAAAAACCUUAUGAGUGUAGUGAAUGUGGGAAAUUUUUCAGACAAAAGGCUAAACUCAUUGAUCACCGUAGAGGUCACACUGGUGAGAGGCCUUUUGAGUGUAGUGAAUGUGGGAAGUCUUUUAGUCGCAAAUAUCACCUCCAGAGACAUGGCAGAAUUCACACCAGAGAGAUUCCUUAUGAGUGUAGUGAAUGUGGGAAAUCCUUUAAUCAUCACCAGUAUUUGAUUGAACAUCGUCGAGUUCAUUCUGUAGAAAAAUAUGAGUGUGAUGAAUGUGGGAAAUGUUUUAUCCACAAAUGUAAAUUGUUUAAGCAUAAGAGAAUCCACACUGGAGAAAAGCCCUAUGAGUGUAACAAUUGUGGGAAGUUCUUCAGGCAAACCUCUGGCCUCCUUCAACACCAGAGAGUUCACACUGGAGAAAGACCCUUUGAAUGUAGUAUUUGUGGGAAGGCCUUCAAACAAAAAUCUGCACUCAUUCAACACCAGAGAAUUCAUACUGGAGAAAAGCCCUUUGAGUGUAGUGAUUGUUUGAAGUCCUUCAACCAAAAAUCUGCCCUUGUUCUACAUAAGAGAAUUCACACUGGAGAAAAGCCUUUUGAGUGUCAUGAUUGUGGGAAAUUUUUCACACAAAGCAGUACGCUCAUUGAUCACCGCAGAGGUCACACUGGUGAGAGGCCUUAUGAGUGUAGGGAAUGUGGGAAGUGUUUUACACAACAUGCUAGCCUUUCCCAACACCACAAAGUUCAUAGUAGAGAAAAGCCAUAA